UAUACCAACAUACCGCGAGAUAGGAAAAUCAUGAUUCCUAAACACAAUGUAAUAGUCCUUAUCUUUGGCCUCUGUGCUGCAUUUCAUUGUACAGUCGGAGGCUCUAUCGUAAACGGGCGCAGUGCUAACGACACUGAUAACGACAAUGAUGAUGACGACGAAAUUGGAAUCAUAGCUUCGGCGAAGGACGUCAUGAAAAGUAUCAUGGAUUACUUGAGAGGAAAUGAAAAUGAAAAUGUUUUCGACGAAGCUAUGAAGAACAUCAGCGGUGAGAUAGACAAAUAUAUUGACCUGGUACCGGACGUGGAUGAAGAAGAAACAACAGAGGUUUAUCAGGUGGAUACCGUAGACGGGUACGAUGUGAAAACAGAAAACAUUGUCAUUAACGGAACAAUUGGGAAUCAAGACGCAGAACUUCAAAUACAAGAGGUCGAUCUCCUUGGCAAGAAUGAAGAAGGAAACAAUGGCACCGAAUCUUUGGAGGGAGCCGACUAAGUCCAGUACUGCCGCAUCUUUAUACAAUCAAAAUAGAGAUGCAGCCAGAUUUUCAUUAUACACUAUGUUAGAAAUGUAAACUAAACUUUUAUUUUACAAUAAUUGCAAAUAUAUAUAUAUAUCAGCUUUAUAUUAAUCACGCUUGUUGACCCGGACGGAAGUGUGCAAAGUGUCUUAUUGUGGAGUUAAACCGGAAAACCCACGUGGUCGGGCAUGUGACCCCAUACCUUUUCACGUGCGCCUUUGUGAAGGUCAAGGAUGUUACCACACCAUUGUGCCACUCGAAUACCCUUAAUAAAUUAUCCAUUAAGCUA